AUGGACUCCGGCGACUCCGCCGGCGCCGGAGGCGGCGGCGCGGCCGCGGCCGCCGCGGCCAAGUGGCGGAGCGACGCGUCGCGGGCGUUCCAGUACUACCUCGACCGCUCCACCCCGCACGCCACCGGCCGCUGGGUCGGCACCCUCGCCGUCGCCGCCAUCUACGCCCUCAGGGUCUACAUGGUCCACGGCUUCUACAUCGUCAGCUACGGCCUCGGGAUCUACCUACUCAACCUCCUCAUCGGCUUCCUCUCACCCAUGGUCGACCCCGAGCUCGACCCCUCCGCCGCGCAGGACGGGCCCGCGCUGCCCACCCGAGGAUCCGACGAGUUCAAGCCCUUCAUCAGGCGCCUCCCGGAGUUCAAGUUCUGGUAUGCAAUCACAAAAGCUUUUGUCGUAGCUUUUGUCAUGACUUUCUUCUCUGUAUUCGACGUUCCUGUCUUCUGGCCCAUACUUCUCUGCUACUGGAUUGUACUUUUUGUCCUGACGAUGAAGCGCCAGAUCCUGCAUAUGGUCAAGUACAAAUAUGUGCCAUUCAACAUCGGGAAGCAGAAAUAUGGCGGGAAGAAGGGUGGCGCAAGCAGCAGUUCUUCGAAAGACUGAUCCCAACCUACCCUGGUGGGAAGCAAUGGAAGGGUGAGAAGAUACAGUUGAUGCUAUUCCAUGUGCUAAAUACCAAGUGUAAUACUUCAUUCAUAUCUAGAGUUAGAAGGGCAUUCACUUAUGUUUCUCUGACAUGGGUUCACGGUUUAAUUUGAUAUAUUUCAGUUAGAGUGCUUCCUUCUAUCAGUCAGUAUAUAGCGUGAUUGAUUCUUUUAUGGGAGAAACCUUUCUGUUCGGUUGCUCCAUGUUGCAUCAAUAAUAAUUGGUGCCGCAAAAUCCUGGAUUCAGCACUGUCUGAGUCGUU